AAGUUAGACGACCUUACUACUUCUCUGAUUUCCUUCUUACAGUCUCAAUCUCCAAGACUCCAAAGUGUUUCUUUACUUAGUUUCCUCCUCUCACUCUAUCUAUGGCUUCUUCAUCAUCUUCUCGCAAUAAUAAUUGGGUAUAUGAUGUUUUCUUGAGCUUCAGAGGGGAAGACGUCCGAGUAACUUUCCGUAGCCACUUUCUCAAGGAGCUCGAUCGGAAACUGAUCACUGCUUUUAGAGACAAUGAGAUCGAGAGAGGUCACUCUCUCUGGCCCGAUCUUUUACAAGCCAUCAAGAAUUCGAGGAUCGCUGUGGUCUUUUUCUCCAAAAACUACGCUUCUUCAAGGUGGUGUCUUAACGAGCUGCUGGAGAUUGUGAACUGCAAAGAUAAAAUAAUCAUACCAGUUUUCUACUCUUUGGAUCCUUCCCAAGUAAGGCAUCAAAUCGGUGACUUUGGAAAGAUCUUCGAAAAGACUUGCAAGAGACAUUCAGAAGAAGUGAAAAGUCAAUGGAAGAAAGCAUUGACUGAUGUAGCUAAUAUGCUUGGAUUUGAUUCUGCGAGAUGGGAUGACGAAGCAAAAAUGAUUGAAGAAAUAGCCAAUGAUGUUUUGCGUAAACUGCUUUUAACUUCAUCCAAUGAUUUUGAAAAUUUUGUUGGUAUCGAGGAUCAUAUUGCAAAUAUGAGUGAAUUGUUGGAACUGGAAUCUGAGAAAGUGAAGAUGGUUGGUAUAUGGGGUUCCUCCGGGAUUGGUAAGACUACUAUCGCAAGAGCUCUGUUUAACCAACUUUCUCGGAAUUUCCAAGUUAGCAAAUACAUAGAUAGAUCUUUUGUAUAUAAGAGUAGAGAAAUUUAUAGUAAAGCCAAUCCGGACGACCACAACAUGAAGUUACAUUUACAAAAGAGUUUCCUCUCUGAAGUUCUGAGGAUGCAUGAGAUAAAGAUAGAUCAUCUAGGUGUACUAGGAGAGAGGCUACAACACCAAAAAGUUCUUAUCAUCAUUGAUGAUUUGGAUGAUCUAAUGGUACUAGAUACAUUGGUGGGUCAAACUCAAUGGUUUGGAAGUGGGAGUAGAAUCAUUGUGGUUACAGAUAAUAGGUCUUUAUUAAAGGCUCAUGGGAUUGGUCAUAUUUAUGAAGUUAGUCUCCCAAAUGAAGAGCACGCUCUUGCCAUGUUAUGUCACUCUGCUUUCAGGAAAGCCUCUCCACCUGAAGGUUUUGGGAAGCUUGUAGUUCAAGUUGUAAAACAUGUCGGUAGCCUUCCUUUGGGUCUAAACGUUUUGGGUUCGUAUCUGAGGGGGAGGGAUAAGGAUUACUGGAUGGAUAUGCUGCCAAGGCUUGAGAAUGGUUUAGAUGAUAAGAUUGAGAAAAUACUAAGAAUCAGCUAUGAUGGGUUAGGUAGCGCAGAAGAUCAAGCGAUAUUUCGUCAUAUCGCAUGUCUUUUCAAUCAUAUGGAAGUCACAACCAUCGAGUCGUUGCUCGCAGAUAGUAAAUUUGGUGUUACUGUUGGGCUGAAAAACCUGAUUGAUAAGUCCAUCAUUCAUGUCAGAUGGGGUCAUGUGGAGAUGCACCGUUUGCUACAAGAAAUGGGCAGAAAAAUUGUUCGCACACAGUCUCUUGACAAGCCUGGAAAACGAGAAUUUCUGGUUGAUCCAGAUGAUAUUUGUGAUGUACUCAGUGAAGGCAUUGAUACUCGAAAUGUAUUAGGUAUAUCAUUGGAUACAAGUAAGAUUGAUGAUCAGUUGCUUGUACAUGAGAGAGCCUUCAAAGGGCUGCGAAAACUUCGUUUCUUAAAAAUUGAUACCAAUAUCUUGAGAGAAGACGACAGACUAUACUUGCCUGAAAGUUUUAACUAUUUGCCCCCUACUCUAAAACUAUUGUGCUGGUCGGAAUUUCCAAUGAGAUGUAUGCCUUCUCAUUUCCGUCCUGAACACCUUGUCAAGAUCAAAAUGCCGAAUAGCAAGCUAUGUAAGCUGUGGGAAGGAGUUGUGCCUGUGUCACUUACAAAUCUAAAGGAAAUGGAUCUGGAUGGAUCAGUCAACCUGAAAGAAAUUCCAGACCUUACCAUGGCUACUAAUCUCGUGACACUUAAUCUUAUGUCUUGCAAGAGUUUGGUGGAGCUUCCUUCCUCAAUACGUAAUCUCAAUAAACUGUUGAAACUGAACAUGGAGUUCUGCAAAAGUCUGAAAACUCUUCCAACUGGAUUCAACCUCAAAUCUCUCGACCUCCUCAACUUUAACUAUUGCUCGGAGUUGAGGACUUUUCCCGAAUUCUCAACCAACAUCUCUGAUCUCUACAUGAAUGGAACAAACAUUGAAGAGCUCCCUGCUAAUAAUAUACAUCUCGAGAAUCUUGAUAAUCUUUGCAUAUCAAAAAAAGAUAGUGAUGGAAAGCAAUGGGAAGGAGCGAAGCAGCUUAGGGCCUUACUGGCGAAGUUGUCUCCCACUUUGACGUGCUUGCAGCUCAGGAAUAUCCCAAGUUUGGUGGAGCUUCCAUCCUCAUUUCAGAAUCUUAAUCAACUGGAGUUCUUGGACCUCGCAAACUGUAGGAAUCUGGAGACUCUCCCCACAGGAAUCAACCUCCAAUCUCUCGAGAGACUAAAUUUCAAUGGAUGCUCACGGUUGAAGAGCUUUCCUGACAUCUCAACCAACAUCUUGUGUCUCGAUCUUGAGAGAACAGGGAUUGAAGAGGUUCCUUGGUGGAUGGAGAAAUUCUCUAAUCUCACUACGGUAAAUAUGAAAGGUUGCAGAAGGCUAAAAUGUGUAUCCAUACGCAUUUCGAAACUGAAACAUCUCAAGAUACUUGAAUUUAAAGAUUGUGGGGACUUGGCUAGAGUUGAUUUGAGUGGCUAUCCAAGUGAUGCAGUUUCUGAGGAGGCCUCCUCUUCUCUUCCUAGAGUAGAUUUCAGGGGCUGCUUCAACUUGGAUCCAGAAACUGUCCUUCACCACCAACAAUCAAUUCUUUUCAACUACAUCUUAUUCCCAGGGGAAGAACAAGUGCCAUCAUAUUUCACUCACCGUACUACUGGAGUCUCCUCUCUGACCAUUCCUCUACUUCACGUCCCUCUCUCCCAACCCUUCUUCAGGUUUAGAGUUGGCGCAGUGGUAAAUAAUGUUAAGCAUGGAAAAAAGAUGGACGUGAAGUGUGAGUUCAAAGACAGAUUAGGGAAGAGCUUUCACGUUGGCUCUGAUUUCCAUAUUUAUACACUUUUCACGAAAACUCAAAAGGGUAGUCAAUUGUUAAUUAUAUUGGACUGUCGUAUCCCUCUAAACGAAGGUAAUGCUCCUCUAGCUCAAGGGAACUACUACGAUCACGUCGUUAUGAAUAUUCAUAUAGGUAGUGGAGGUUGGAGAUCUACGUUUGAAUUAAAAGAAUGGGGUAUACGACUCUUAGAGGACUGUUCAGCACCGGAGAACCCACUUGGUAAUCUAAAUAGUACUCUUCCACAUGUUUCUGAAGCCGAAGAAGGCGAUAUGGAGUAUACACCUCUUCAAGCACUUGUUAAUGAGACUGAACACAUUGAAGAGUCUGGAGAUAACAAUGUAGAGACAGAGAGAAGCGCGAAGCGAAUGAGGCCGAAUUGAAGACAAUAUGGGGUAUACGCCUUUUCAAGAACUUACUGAGAAGCAGGAAGUGAAUGCGUGUAAGCAUUUAGAAUGAACUGAACACAAAUCGUGAAUGCUACAAUGAUUUGCUUCGCCGGUUAUAAUGGAACAAUAAGAUCAAAGGAGGACAUGCAGCGAGACACUCUUCAGUAUCUUAUUAUAGUUCCACAAAGCAUAGGUGGAGCAUCUUAAUUAGGAGUAUUUUCAAUAAUUUUUGCCACCGAUAAAGAGUUGGUUUUCAGUGGGUGAUUUCAUGAGGCUGAAACUGAAUAUAACAUAACAUAUAUCACACCAUUUUUUUUUUUUUUGUGAUCAAUUUGAUUGCAAUUCUCAAAUCUGCUGCAUUAUACUCUGUACCUGAACUGGAAGGAUGAAUUUCCAGUAGAGCAAUUCAGUGUCACAAUCUCUGCAGCAAUAAUUGAAGUAUUUGAACGAGUGUUUGGGCAGCACAUGAGGACACACAGGCUUGACGACAUUUCUAUUGCAGAUAUAGAGACUGUUUGUCAACAACAAUGGAGUUGGCGCUUCUCGUUACUCUGCAGAUGAGAUUAUGGCUCUCCUAGAGAAACUGUAAGAUGAUAACAAAGUGAUGAUCAGCGAUGGCAAAGUUCACAUAAUUUGAUCAUGAAGAAAUCCAUCAUCAUCAUCAUUAUGAUAUUAGAAUUCUAAAAUAGUGUAGUAGGAGAAGAGAACUCUUGGAAACCAAUCUAUCAUUUUUUUUUAUUCAUACAUUCCAAGUUAUAAGUUCUGCAUUUAUGAAGGGAUGAUGAAUGCUUAAGAAACGCAUCUGAUUACAAAAUUGUGGAAUGAUACACAGCAGAACAGUUUAGCAAGGCACGUCCCAAGAAUGAAAUACUUCCAUUAUCCAAUGUUA